AUGGUCCUUGUGACGUGGCACGUACAACUUGACGAACAAUCAAAUCCACCAGACGUGGAGGAAGCUGGAGCUAACGAGGACGAGGACACCGGAACUCAAGUCGCUCCGAUCUUUAGACUUGAGGAGGUUGCCGUCAAUACCGCUGAGGAAGACGAAGACGCCGUCCUCGAUAUCGGAUGUUCUUCUCAUGUUGUGGCUAAUUUAGCUGUGACACCUGCUCUUGGGUUUCUUUGCUUUGUGGCGUUGAGAGGUGUUUCUGGUAUUGAAGUUCAUGGAAGCUCUUCUGAUCUUCAAGAGCCUUUGCUUGUGGAAGAAGAAGCGGCUUGUCUUAAAGUCACUUUGUACAGUAGUGCUGGACUUGUUAGUCUAGUGACGCUUUCUUGGUUGGAUCCGCUUCUCUCAGCGGGGUCAAAAAGACCGCUUGAGCUUAAGGAUAUAUUGCUUCUUGCACCGAGAGAUAGAGCCAAGGCAAGUUACAAGCUUGCUGAGACAGUCACCACCAGGGAUGAGUGUUCAGGAACACUUGGAAAUGAAAUGUCUUGUGUAUGGCAUGCCCGUAACUUUGCUGAUGGUGAACUCAAGGAUGAGCUUUUCUGCAUCCGAUUUUCCUCUAUUGAGACUGGUGAUCUUUGUGCUGUUAUUGAAGUGAUUCCUGAUCCGAUAUUGAAGAGGGAUGAUACGAAUAUACUCUAUACGUGUAAGAUAUCGUAUGUAGAUGCGAUAUUGGGGACAACUUUGAAGGUUCCAACGGUUGAUGGAACGGUGGAUUUGAAAGUACCAGCGGGGACACAGCCGAGCACGACGCUUGUGAUGGCGAAAAAGGGAGUACCGGUGUUGAAUAAGAGUAACAAGGCCAUGCAGUCCCAGCAGUAUCUGGAGGCAAUCGAGCUGUAUUCCUUUGCAAUUGCGCUCUUAGAUAAGAACGCUGUUUUCUACUGCAACAGGGCUGCUGCAUAUACUCAGAUCAGCAUGUGCUCAGAAGCAAUUAAGGCUUACAGUCGUCUUGGGUUAGCAUAUUAUGCUCAAGGAGAGUAUGCUGAUGCUAUUGAGAAAGGAUUCAAGAAAGCUUUGGAGUUGGAUCCGCAUAAUGAAUCUGUCAAAGAAAAUAUCAGGGUGGCUGAACAAAAACUAAGAGAAGAAGAACAACGACAGAGACGUAAUCAGAAUACAAACAUGGGACAUAAUCAAGAUCCAGGAAUGGGAGGGCAAGGAAUACCUUCUCAUUUCUCGAUGCCUUUAAACCCUGAUAUGAUGAGCAUGUUCAUGAACAUGACGGGAAACAGAGGAGGAGAUGGUAACAUAAAUGGUACAAAUGAGCAUGAGAUUCGUGUAGGCGGAAACAUCAACAUAGAUCUUGGCGCCGCGGAUCAAAUGCCUGAAGAGUUUUCAGGUGCAUUGCGAUCAAUGAUGCAGAUGUUUGGAGGAUCUCAGGAAGGUAACAAUAACAAUCCUCAAGGUACUAAUGGAAGGCCAUCUGGAAAUUAA